AUGUCUGCGAAUCAAGACGGUCCUCCGUUAUUGCGGCCAAUCCCCCGCCGCCCUUUCAAGCUCAACCUGUCGGGCCCAACACCCCCGGAAGACGAAGAUGAGGAACCUCAGGUUCUAGCCCACAGCCCCGAGUCCAGUUCCAGUGGCUUGCUCAACCUCGACUUCCUCAAUAGACGCCUCUUGGACCCGAGAUCGAGUACGCCAAGGCAGCAUGAGCCGGGCUCUGCAUCUGCCGACAUCAGCCGCGCGCAAUCCUACAUGAACCUCACGAGCUCGACUUUAUUUGGCAUAUACUCGCCGACGACGUACGGGCGGGAUCGGUACGACCAGGACGAGUUGACUACUCCCUGGGGUACGGGAGCCGAAACCCCGGCCAAGAAGUUGAGCCUUGACGAGCCACACUAUGACAUUCAAAAGGAGCGAGGAAGGCCGAUGCGCCGCCGGUCUUCGUUACAUCCGACAGCCAGGCCAACCCCACUGUCGACACCUGCGACAGUCUUUUACUUGGGUCUCAGGUCGCUGCUACUGUUUGGGCUCGGUAUACUCUACGGUCUUAUGAUUGUCAGCUUUCAGGAUAGGCACAGACUGGGGAGGCUGCAAAUGGACGAUAUUGGCAAAUCUACGGCAUCACAUGUUCAAUUCAUUGCGUUUUGGGGCGUCGCCGGAAUCGCCCUUGGUGCUUUACUUCCUUGGUUUGACGGCGUUUGGGAGAGCGUUUUUGGUCAGGAGGACGAUUUUGAAUCGGCAACCGAGCAUGCAAUUAGCUCCGAGGAAGAGGAAGCAAGUCAAGCAACCGACUGGGGCUUGGCUAUUCGAGGCAUCGGUGCCUUUGUCGGUAUCGUGUAUGCCAUUCGGAAAACACAAUGGGCAUCCACCCUUCAAGUCUCUCUGAGUCUGGCCCUGGUAAACCCCUUUCUGUGGUACUUGAUCGACCGGUCCAAGCCAGGCUUUCUCCUAUCAUCCACGGUUGGGCUUGUGGGCUCCGCCAUUCUACCAAGCGAACUCCUCAUCGAAUGGGGUGGACCCGCCCACUAUGCUUGGGGGACUAGCGAGCCAACCUGCCGUUGA